UUCAUGUGGUCCAUUUCUUUUGAAACACCCUUUAUCAAAACUCAUUUAUUAUGAACCUUUACAAAGGGCUAAGAAUCGUGCCCUCUCUUUGUCGCUACCAUGAAAACUAUUUGAAGAUAUCUGUUCAAGGGAUGAGCAAGAUAAAUAGCCCGUUUGUACGGCGCUAGAAUUAAAUACCCUUUAAAGCCCUCCCCAGGGCCCUGAUAGGUGCAACGGAGGUGAAAGUUCGGCGAUCCCAGUUUCAGAUUUUUGACCAUUAUCUGAGUUUCAGCUCAAAUUUGGAUUUUAGGCUAUAGAACAAAGCAACACCAACUGAAAAAGAUCAAUGAGCAAUGAAACGGGGACAAAAUGCUGUCAAUGGGAAUGAAGCUCAAGAACUCUGUGGCAAGUAUAGAGUCUGCGUUUGUCAGUUUAUCUCAAAAAUCAAGCACCUUUGAAAGGUGAUAGAUUUUCACAUUUUAUGAUAUACAUGUACAAAUAGCGAAGCCACUGACGUUUGGCGUUUCCAGUUUGAUGGGAGAGGAAUGAAUCCUCUGGGUUAGGUAACACUAUUGAGCUCUUGGCAAGACAUUUCGGCGUCGAAGUGAAGUUGCUCGGAUGACGCAAAAAGAGCGUCAGUCUCGCCCUACCUACAGUACAGACACGUACUUGCUUGCGAGGAACGAUAGUUGAAACCAAUGGCAAGCAACAUUUUCCCCUUUGGGCAAGGAAGAAAUGACCGGUCGGUGGAAGAAGUGUAUCAGAUUUUGUCGAAACUGAACGGUAAGUCUACUGUUGAAGACGAGUUUGGGCACAAGGACCUAUAUAAGAGAAUCCCAAAAUAACCAGAGGUAUCAGUUGAUCCCUUCUUGACUUCAAGAGCACAUCUCAUCCCAACCAUGAAUAAAUUCGUCGCCGUUCUUUCCCUUAUCGUGGCUGUGGCCUCAGGUGCCCGCAUUCCCCGUGACUCGGGAUACUCCCAGAGUGGAUCCCAGAGGGGCAAUGCCCAAGCUCAAGCUCCCAUUGGUAUUGUCUCUUCAGUCUACAAUGGCCCCACCGCCGAGUCGCAGAACUUUGACUUUGCCUUUGAGACAGAGAAUGGCAUCCGGCAAGAGGCCACUGGAGAGAUGAAGACCAUUGAUGACACCGAGGUGGUCGUGAUGCGCGGCAGCUACACCUAUUUGGAUGCCGAGGGUCGUGAUGUGACCGUGACUUGGGAGGCCGAUGAGAAUGGUUAUCGUGCUGAGUCUGACAUUUUGCCCGUGGCCCCAGAGAUCCCAUUUGAAGAGCAACGCCAGGCUGUGGCCGCUCAAAUCGCCUUUGCCCAACAAGAGGAACAAGCCGCCGCUGCCUCUUCCACUUCCAACAGAUACGCCCCUGCUCCUGCCAACAGCUACUCUGCUGCGGCUCCGGCCGCUCCCACCAGCCAAUACGGUGCUGCUUCUCCUGCUCAACCCACAUACACGCAAUACAACUACUAAAUAUUGAAUGGGAUUCAAUCAAAAAAGGAUGCAAGAGGUGACUCUUGAUUCGCCUUUUUCUGGCAUCUGCAACAUUUUCCCAAACUCUAUACACUAUGGUUAUUUAUUAAAUAUAUGA